AUGGAAACAAACCUAUCUCCUUCAAGCACUCAUUCUCUGGUUUUCGAAAGAAAGAGGAUUGAAGAUAGAAUCAGAAGCUUCCGGUUCUACACUCACGAGAAGUGCAGAGAAGAGAUGGAUUUGGGGGUGUCAACGAAGCUCAAGCUCUUUAAGGAUCCAUGGAAGAUCAAGAAAACCCUAACAUCAAGCGAUGUGAAUGAACAUCUUUGUCGGCUCUUGUUGCCUGCGGGGGCAAUGGACAAGCAUAUAAUGGCGGUGUGGGGUGGAGAGAGGGUGGAGCAUGUUAACAACAUGCGCGGUGAGAGGGUGGUGGUUUGGGAUUACGACACAGGUUCUGAACAUGAAUUGCAAUUCCAAUUUGCUGAGGAGGAUAGGGUGCUGAAGUUUGGUGAAUAA